AUUCUUCUAGUCGUUUUAGCUUGCCGGUCAUUGCUCUGUAUAAGGGAGGAACGUAAGCAAUGGCAUCUCACAGAUUAAGUUUACCAACAUCACACAUUCCUUUUCCAUCCAAGAGAUUUCUUGCUCCUCAGCUUGAAUUUUUUGCGUGCCCUUCGCGAUUUCCUGACAAACCCAGAAAGAUUUUGUCGUCAAUUCGGGCAAUGGGAUCAUCAGCUUCUUCCCAGAAAGCCGACGGCAUCGAAGGGGCUGGAGCUGUGGAUCAUAAAUCUUUGAGCGAUGAAGAAUGGAAGAAGAGGCUGACAAAUGAACAAUUUUAUAUUACUCGCCAAAAGGGGACUGAAAGGGCUUUCACUGGGGAGUACUGGAAUACUAAGACCCCAGGAACUUACCAUUGCAUAUGUUGUGACACGCCGUUAUUUGAAUCUUCUACUAAGUUCGAUAGUGGAACGGGUUGGCCAUCCUAUUACCAGCCUAUUGGGAACAAUGUGAAAUCAAAGUUAGAUAUGUCAAUUAUCUUUAUGCCUCGUCAGGAAGUCCUUUGUGCUAACUGUGAUGCUCAUCUCGGCCAUGUGUUCGAUGACGGUCCUCCACCAACAGGAAAGCGUUUUUGUAUCAACAGUGCUGCCCUUAAACUCAAAACCUAGGCAAUAGACAGUGGAAAUGUGGUUAUCUCAAGCAGAAGGAGUACUGGAGUCAAAGGUGCUGGGAAGCUUGCAAAUGAUCAGAGCAUGAUAUGCUUUUAUGGGAGUGCAGAGAGAAAACUAUCUAAAGUGAGAUUCUGUAUGAAUAGAGAAGUACUCACAAAAAUGUUUACAAGUAUAUCUUUAUGUACAGUGGAUUUCAAAAUAGUGAUCCUAGUAUUGGUCCUAUUGUGAAUACCUGACACUCUCAGUGUUCAGUUUUUACAGCAUUCAGUCGGGCUUGUUUGAUGUUUGAAAAUGA